AUGAAAGGCACAUUCGUCAUUACUGGCGCCAAUUGGGGACUUGGUUCCAAUCUCGUCUCUCAAUUUCUCAGAUCCUCCUAUGCCAAAGACUACAAAGGCCUCUUCGCGGUCCGCAUUCCUGCCUCAGCGGACACCCUCAAGAAAGUUCUCGCCGGUUCAUCAAACGCAAACGAUCAUGAGAUAAUUGCCGUAGACCUUAGCACUCUUGCCAGCGUCCGCGCUGCCACCAAAGAUCUAAAUCAGCGAGUAGCGUCUGGCUCGAUUCCUCACAUUCGUGCUGUAGUCCUUAAUGCGGCUUUACAGCACAACAUGUUAUACUCGAGGCAUGAAAGCACCGAUGACGGUCUGGAGGCUAGUUUCGCUGUCAACUACCUUUCACACUUCUUGUUUACCAACCUGCUACUCCAGAGCAUGGACCCAAAGGGCCGCAUUGUCGUUGUCUCCAGCUGGACUCAUGAUCCUUCCUAUUAUGUGAACAGUGGCCACAUCACAAAUGAACAGCACAAGACAGUCAUUCCAGAGGGCGGCCCACAAGUUUUAGCGAAGCCUCCAAGCAAGGCCGCUAAGGGUGAUGAGUACAAAGCUGGCAUGAGGCGCUACGGUAUGAGCAAGACUCUGAUGGUUAUGUUCAUGUACGAACUUCAGCGUCGUCUCGCGGGCACAAAGUACUCCGACAUUUCAGUCCUUGCCGUCGAUCCGGGAGCAAUGGGAGAUAGUGGCUUGUUCAAGGAGUCGCCUGCCGCUUUACGAUUUGUGCUUCAUUGGAUGCUGGCUCCCCUUGCUGUAGUAACCACAAUACUCUCACCAAAUGGAAACUUCCGCACUCCAAAGAAAUCGGCGAAAGACCUUCUCAAUUCCAGUUUCGAAGAAGGAACCCUGGGCAAGCAUCCGAAAGCUGCUUAUCUGAAUGGGAGUGCAAAAAUGAAACCUAGUAAGGAAGCGAUAUAA